AUGGCCAAGAAGAAGACCAAGGAAGCACUGACCAAGAAAGACUUCAAGAGAAUUCACCACCUGGAGCCAGAAUACACCGAAAAGCUCGACCGGCUGCGACACGAUCUACAAGAGUCUAUUGAAAGAACCGUCCGAAUCAACCUAGCCUUCAUCCGAGAGCUCAACAAGACGGCCAUCGAAAGCAACCGCAUCAAGCACCGCAACCUCAUCGACAAGAAGAUUUCAGACAUUGUCUGCUACGAACCCAAGAAGAAGAAGCCUCGCAAGACCGAGGAAGAAGAAGUCGUUCAACACUUUUGCCAAUAA